ACCGUACCAUCCCUCCUCUUCCUCUUCCUAGAGGUCGCCGGAGCUACGCCGACUUCCAACAGGUUCAGUGUUCAGAUUGAGGGCUAAAAUGGGGCAUCUUCGAAAGCAAGCUUGGGUUUUGUUUUUCUUGAUUUUACUUUCACAAAGUUGCUCGUCAUGGGGAUGGUGGUUCUCAGGCUCAAGCAACAAUGGCGAUGAUCAAGCACAAGGAGACUAUUCGUCGGGCGAAGACAAGCGGCAUUCUUUUCAGAAACAGGUUUCUGGGUUCUCCAUGAAGCCGUUUGAGAGUAGGAAAGGGCUGAAAUUGAUGGAAGACGCAAAGGAGAAGAUGUUGGCCCCAAAUACUUGCUGGCGAAGGGCGUACCAGAGUGUGUUUGCAGAGUGUUCAAAGGUUGUCCCCAAUGAAGAACUCAAGUCCAGGCUUGCUUGGUAUCUCACGGAUUGUUUCCAACAACACUCGGGACGGCCACCUCUCCCCCAUUGUGAUUCGAGAUCUGUCAUGACCAAGUGUUUGAAGAAUUUGGAUGAUCAUGCUCAUAGAACUUAUCUUGAAUUCUUCCUCCAGACCGAUUCUAUCUGUCACCAGUUGCAGAUGCAUGCAUUUAGAGAUGACACAGAGAGGUUGGUCAAUGCAUUGAAGGAUAAUGCAGAGACUGUUUGGGAGAAACUUGAGGUCAUUUCAGAUAAAGAGGAGCUGAUAUUAGAGAAUUCAGGAAACAUUCAUGACAUGUUGGCCUCUGUCGAUCAUAGAACUCAAGAGUUGGAAAGGGCUUCAAAGAAUGUUGAAGAUCAUGUCUCCGUGGUGCUCAAGCAUUCAGAAUCAAUAUAUGAACAAUCAAUGGGAAUUGCAGAGUCUCAGAAGGAGCUAACUGAGGGCCAGGAAAAGAUGAAGAAGAAGUUGACGGAGGGGAUGGCAAUGAUUCAUGAGUCUUAUGUUAGUCUGGAUAAAGAGAUUAUUGAGUUGAAGAAUGAAGCAGAGGUAAUAGAAAAGGAGAUUGGUAAAGUUGGAGACGAAAUGUUUUCAAGGAUGAUGACACUUCAAGGUAAAGCCGAUGAUAUUGAGAAUAUAGCUGGGGUUUCUUUAGAUAAACAGAAACAACUUCUGGACGGACAAUCUGUAGCUCUUGAUGGUCUCCAAGUUCUCAACAAGUUUUUGAGCCAGGCUCUUGAAGAAAGCAGGGGAAAUCUGGAACAUUUAGCUGAAAUCGGGCAUAAGCAACAAGAGGAACUUCUUAGAAGGCAAGAACAGCUUCAACAAGCACACGAUCAUCUUGCUGAGAAUUCGAAAACAAUAUUAGCUGCUCAGGAAGCAUUUGAAUCAAAGCAAGCAAGCAUGUUUGUCGCCCUGGACAAGCUCUUCGCACUGCAUAAUGCCAUGCUCCUCGAAUCAAGACUCAUCAAAGCUUUCUUAGUCUACUCAUUGUCAAUCUUUAUUCUGUAUAUGUUCACUAGCAUGAAGCAAACUUACAACGUGAGGCCUAGGCUUUAUAUGGGAUUAUGUGCUACAUUUGUUAUGGAAUUAGCCAUAGCUCGAUAUGGGACAUACGAAAUGGAGAUGCAGUCUUGGAUUAUAGGCAUUGUCAGAUCACUCUUUAUGGUUGGAGCAUCGUUUCAACUUAUGUAUGCGAUUUGGACAUACAGAGAUUAUGAAGUUUUGAACCAUCAGAUGCUAUUGACAUUGAUAGAGAAAGUAAAUGGGAUUCAGAAGCACAAACAGCUGUCAUGGGAGAUGGAGAGUGAUUCAGAUAGUGAGAUAGACUGGUCUGCAUGGGUUGAUGAAGAAUUGCCUGAUGAUGUCGAUGAACUGGAGGAUCCUGAUUACAUAGUUCAUGAUAAAGUUGCAGAAACUCCAGUCUUGCACAAUGGAGUAACACAGAGAUAUAACCUACCAUUCAAUGGCUUGAAAAAUUGUCAAUAUGAAUAUAUUCAACAAAGCAUUCAGGGAACAUCCUUUGUGCAGACGGGCACACGUUUAACAGUAAGUUUCCUAAGCAUUAAAAACUUAUUCAUUAUUAAUUAUUACCACCAAGAGUAAGUUGAAGCGAAAUAAAUGUGAAAGAAACCAGAUGAAUCUCUCAGAACAUGAAUUUAUACCGUAGAAUCCAAGGCCAGGAGAGUGCUGAGAUUCAUGGGAGUCAUGUACUUGGUGGUGCCACCCAUGAUUUGUUGGACAAUGAGCUUGUUUGCCUUUUCUGACGGGUGGAAUGCAUCCCAGAAUGCAUACUGCUCCCUGUUUGAGCACAAGUUAGACAAUGCUGUGCAGAGGCCGAGGCCGUUAUAGGGUCCUUGUCCACAACAAGCAACCUUAGAACUAGCAAACCCUGUCACAAUAAAGUUAAACAAUGUUA